ACGCAAGGCUGUGACUCAUUCUUGCGUGAAGAGACCAAUGGGCAGCCGACAGCCUGAGAUAUAAAUAACGAAUAAACAAAAAAAGAUAUAUUCUUGAGGGAGAAAGGGUCACUUGCGCGCCGCUGGAUGGGAAUUUAUUAGCGCGCUUUCUGUUGGUAUUCCGCCAUCACUGGACUGUUGCUUGUCGUUCCUUUUGGAGGCGAUUGAAACACCUUUAGUUUCACUGGAAUCGACAACCUGUGAGCCGUUGAAUUAUUUCCCAGCUGGAGAUAACAGAGGACUGAUGGCAUCGUCUGAACCGAGAGCCACCGGCGGGGAGCAGGACCCCAACUCCGCCAAUUUAAUACCACCGUCCACAACCAACGAAUAUGCGUGGAUGCACGGAUGCACACGGAAACUGGGGAUGAAGAUUUGUGGGUUCCUGCAGAAGAACAACAGCCUGGAUGAGAAGGGGAGGCUCGCGGGGCAGAAGAACCUGCUCUCCUGCGACAACAGUGACCGGGACGCUCGCUUCCGCCUCACCGAGACCGACUUCUCCAACCUCUUCGCCAGAGACUUACUGCCAGCCAAAAAUGGAGAGGAGGCUACAAUACAAUUUUUGUUGGAGUUGGUGGACAUCCUCACCAACUACAUCAAGAAGACUUUCGACCGCUCCACCAAGGUGCUGGACUUCCACCACCCUCACCAGCUCCUGGAGGGCAUGGAGGGCUUCAACCUGGAGCUGUCCGACCAGCCCGAAUCCCUGGAGCAGAUCCUGGUGGACUGCAGAGACACGCUCAAAUAUGGCGUCCGGACAGGUCACCCUCGAUUCUUCAACCAGCUUUCCAGUGGUCUCGAUAUCAUCGGUCUGGCCGGAGAGUGGCUCACCUCCACCGCUAACACCAACAUGUUCACCUAUGAGAUCGCCCCGGUGUUUGUGUUGAUGGAGCAGCUGACUCUGAAGAAGAUGAUAGAGAUGGUUGGAUGGCCCAGUGGAGAGGGGGAUGGGAUAUUUUCUCCAGGGGGCGCUAUCUCCAACAUGUACAGUGUGAUGAUCGCACGUUACAAGUACUACCCCGAGGUCAAGACCAAGGGCAUGUCUGCUGCUCCUCGCCUCGUGCUCUUCACAUCUGAACACAGCCAUUACUCCAUAAAGAAGGCUGGAGCUGCUCUGGGUUUUGGCUCUGAGAAUGUGAUCCUGCUCAGCACAGACGAGAGGGGGAGAGUCAUUCCUGCAGAUCUGGAGGCCAAGAUCCUUGAGGCUAAACAGAAGGGUUACGUGCCACUGUUUGUGAAUGCCACCGCUGGUUCCACAGUGUACGGCGCGUUUGACCCCAUCAACGAGAUCGCUGACAUCUGUGAGAAGUACAACCUGUGGCUCCACGUUGACGGAGCGUGGGGUGGUGGACUUCUGAUGUCCAGGAAGCAUCGCCAUAAGCUCAGUGGAGUGGAGCGGGCCAACUCUGUCACAUGGAACCCUCACAAGAUGAUGGGCGUGCCUCUGCAGUGCUCUGCCAUCCUGGUCAGAGAGAAGGGGAUCCUGGCAGGAUGUAACUCCAUGUGCGCCGGCUACCUGUUCCAACCCGACAAACAGUACGAUGUCACCUACGACACGGGGGACAAAGCCAUCCAGUGUGGCCGACACGUCGACAUCUUUAAGUUCUGGCUCAUGUGGAAGGCCAAGGGCACCAUCGGGUUUGAGCAGCACAUCGACAAGUGUUUGGAUCUCUCUCAGUACCUGUACAACAAGAUCAAGAACAGGGAGGGUUAUCAGAUGGUGUUUGAUGGAGAGCCCCAGCACACCAAUGUCUGCUUCUGGUACAUCCCUCCGAGCCUGAGAGGCAUGCCUGAGGGAGAGGAGCGGAGAGAGAAACUCCAUAAGGUGGCACCGAAGAUCAAGGCCAUGAUGAUGGAGUCAGGGACCACCAUGGUGGGCUACCAGCCUCAGGGCAACAAAGUCAACUUCUUCCGCAUGGUGGUGUCCAAUCUGGCGGUCACACAGUCUGACAUCGACUUCCUCAUCGACGAGAUCGAGCGGAUGGGAGUAGACCUGUAGAGCGAGACGCUCACCGUGCUGCGGACAGAAUAAUGAGAGCACAUGUUUUAGGUUCUUUCUAUCCAGGCUGUCUCUGUCUGAAGCACUCUGACCGGCUCUCUAGAGCAUAGUUCCUCCUCUAGACAAAAUAUAUAAGUAUAUUGUGAAGGCUCCGGGUACAUGCUAACAUCUAAUGUAUGUGUGUGUGCCGUGGAUAAAGUAUUGUGUUUCCUGUUUGUUGUCGUCUUGUGUGUCUGAGUGUGUUUUAACAAUGAAAGGGAGAAAAGCACAGAUGAAAAUAUAAUAACCUAUCAUACAUUUAUUCUGCUCUAUCAUACAUUUGCUAGAUUCAUGGGCGCUUUCAGCUGUACAUAUAUGUCAUCUCCAACCUAAAGAUAUGAUAAGGAGUGUGUGUGUGUGUGUGUGUGUGUGUGUGUGUGUGUGUGUGUGUGUGUGUGUGUGUCUGCGCAGGUGUGCGUUUGACACCCUGUCAUGUAUUUGAAGCUGUGUUAAAAAUAAGCUUAUUAUAACAUAAUGUGCACACCAUAAGUACCAAGCUGCAAUAUUAAUAUAUUAAUUUCAGAUUUAAAAAGCUACCCUUAAAAGUCUGUGACCACUUUAACUCGUAAAACGCUGGCUCGUUGUCUCUUGUUUCAUGCAAUCACGUGAUAUGUGUUUAUAUAACACUGUUAAAAAUAUUUGAUUAUAAGAACUCAUCUUUAUUGCAUUCCCACUGUUUUUCAGAUUCAGGUAUUUUAUUGUAAAUGUAUCUUUAUGUGUAUUACGCAGUUAUACAUUUGUAAAUGCAAACACGGGAACUUGAGUAAAGUUUAUUUAUAGUGAUAUUGUCCGCCAAAGAAAGUGAAUCGGGAACAGAGCAAUCCAUCGUCCUUCUUAUAUAGAUUAUAGGUGUUUGUAAAACGUUACCUAAAGUAUUAUUGACCCUCCACUGCGAUGCAAUUUCUAUAGUGUGUGUUUUUCUGUGAUUGUGAGUAUUUUUGAAUGUCUUGAGAUGACUGGCCUUCUGAUGAGAUUAAGAAUGAAGUCUAUAUAUAUGAAUAUAUAUAUUUCCCUGUCGGUCUUUUAUUUUAGAGAAUAGCACAAGGGUGUGAGAAUGUACUCUCCUCUGGAGACUGGGAAGAAAGUAUUGUUGUCUUAAUCCUAAUGCAUUUACUGUAAUAUAGUAUAUAUUCAUUGUAAAACAUAUUCUCAGUGUAAUGGGAACUCGAUGGAAUAUCUGGUAUAA